AUGGUUAUGCACUUUGGCCCAGGUCUUGAUGUUCCAAUCUUAGUGGCUACAUGUAUUAGCCUGAUUGGUCUAGCCAUUAGUUUGGUUAUUAUUUGCAUAAAUGUAAAUUGUUCGGAUCAUAAGAAAGAAAGGAUGGGAGAGCUAGAAAUUCCGACAAUUGUUAUUGAAGACUACGAUGAAAUUCUCAGAAAAAACGGUGAAGGUGAAAGUGGGAAAGUAAGAAAUGAUUCUCCUGUAAAUAACGAAAAUUUGGUCACACUUGCGCGAAAAAUUUCAACGAAUUCUUAUUCUAAUAAGAAUGAAAUCUGA